CGCCCGGCCAGGGUUGCCCUAACGCGGGGUGUUAAUGAACCCGAGACCUUGAACCAACGCUAACUCUCUGAAAAAGAAAAGUAAUUUAAAACAAGGACGUGGGACACUCACUUCCGGAAUAGCUAUGGGACGCCUUCUGAUUCUGAAGUGCCAGGGAUAAAAGAUGAACGUGGACCUUUCUUGCCUUCAGGAAAUCUGGUAGAUGGAGAGAGUUGGUAAACAUUUGCGCUGUGGUGCGGUAAAUUCAAGAGUGGAGUGAAUAAAUACAGUAGCUAGAAAGUCAUGAAAGAUUAAUGUCAAUUGAUGGAGCAGAGAAAAUGAAUCGAAUGGUGAUGUAAAAUAGGUUUAAGAAGGGCUGAGCACAUGCUGUCAAAUUUAAGCCACCAGCACAUCUAGUGGUUUUACUUCCAAAAUAUGUCUUGACUUCGUCUGUUUCUUUGCCAUUACUCUGAUCAUCUCCUGCUUGGACCACUUGUUAUCUCCCUAAUGAGAUCCUGAAGUAUUUGUGGGUAUGACCUAAACCCUAUACACUGUGUAUUUGCUCUCUGAACUUGUAGGUGGUUAUUAGCAAAUACAGGCAUACCUCAGAUGUAAUGCUGAUUUGGUUCCAGACUAUUGUAAUAAACAAUAAAACAGUAUCAAUAAAGCUAGUCAAAUGAAUUUUUUGGAUUCUUAGUGCAUGUAAAAGUUAUGCUUAUGCUAUACUGUAAUCUGUUAAGUGUACACUAGUGUUAUGUGUGAAAAAACCCAUGUGCAUACCUUAAUUAAAAAAUACUUUAUUGCUAAAAAAUGUUAAUGAUCAUCUGGGCUUCCAGUGAGUUAUAAUCAGUGGUCACAGAUUCCCCAUAAUAAAUACAGUGAUAAUGAAAAGUUGAAAAUAUUGCAAACGAAUUAUCAAAAUGUGACAGUAAGUGAGCAAAUACUAGUGGGAAAAUUUUGCUGAUAGACUUUCUUGAUGCAGGGUUGCCACAAACCUUCAAUUUGUAAAAAGCUCAAUAAAGCAGAGUACAAUAAAAUGAGAUAUGCCUGUACUUAAUUGAAUUGACUUGAUUUUCAGGAUAUCUCUUAAUGAAAAUGCCUCCACGAAUGUAAUUGCCAUGUUUUCCAGCAGAAGAUUCAUGAUGCAGAGAAGAACUGGGAUGGACUGACCUUCCUGUGCCUUAUUUAUGCUGCCGCCAUUGUCUGGUCUUCCCCACAGACCCUCAGUCUUCUGGGAGGGAGUGUGAAGAUGCUCAAAGAGCAUCCAGGGAUGGCAGAAGAUCCUCAGCAGCAGGGUGUUCCUGUGGUGAAACUGGAGAAAGAGAUGCCAUGGGGCUGGGGAAGGGAGGACCCUAGUCCUGAGACUUUUCGGCUGAGGUUUCGGCAGUUCCGCUACCAGGAGGCAGCUGGCCCCCAGGAAGCCCUCAGGGAGCUCCAGGAGCUCUGUCGCCAGUGGCUGAGGCCUGAGCUGCACACCAAGGAGCAGAUCCUGGAGCUGCUGGUGCUGGAGCAGUUCCUGACCAUCCUGCCUCGGGAAUUCUACACCUGGAUUCGGGAGCACGGCCCAGACAGUGGCAAGGCCCUGGUAGCCAUGGUUGAGGACUUCACCGAGAAAGCAUUGGAGGCCAAGGCGGUUCCGUGCCACGUGCAGAGAGAGCAGGAGGAGACGGCACUUUGCCGAGGCCCUUGGGGGUCAAGUGUCCACCUGGGACCAGUAGAGGUCAAGCCUGAAUGGGGGAUGCCUCAUGGAGAAGGAGCUCAAAGCCUAGAUCAAGGCACCGAGGAGCAGCUCACUCAGGACCCUGGUGCUGGGAUGCAGGCCUUCCAGGAGCAGGCUCUACCAGUUCUUCAGGCUGGGCCUGGCUUCCUCACGGUACAUGCCAGAGACCAAGAGAUCACAGCUGGAUUCCUCACAGCUGGAUCCCAGGGGUUGGGGCCAUUUAAAGAUAUGGCUUUGGCUUUUCCUGAAGAGGAGUGGAGGCACAUGACUCCAGCCCAGAUAGACUGCUUUGGGGAAUAUGUGGAACCCCAGGACUGUGGAGUCUCACCUCCAGGCACUGGGAGCAAGGAAAAGGAUGCUAAAGCCCAGCAGUCAGACCUCAAGGGGGCGCUUGCUCGGGUGCCCUCAGAGAGGUUUGAGGAAGCUGCUCUCCAGAGCCCUGAGCUUGAAAGAACCUGUGAGCAGGAGCCCGGCAGCUCUGGGGGAAGCAUGCCAGGGCCACCUCCUCCCCUGAGUGGCGUCAUUCCCCUGUCCGGUGACCUCAAGACCCACAGCUCCUUCUGGAAGCCUUUUCAGUGCCCUGAGUGUGGAAAAGGCUUCAGUCGGAGCUCCAAUCUUGUCAGACACCAGCGAACCCAUGAAGAAGAGAAAUCCUAUGGCUGUGUUGAGUGUGGGAAGGGGUUCACUCUGAGAGAGUACCUCAUGAAGCACCAGAGAACCCACCUGGGAAAGAGGCCCUAUGUGUGUAGCGAGUGCUGGAAAACCUUCAGUCAGAGGCACCACCUCGAGGUCCACCAGAGGAGCCACACAGGGGAGAAGCCCUAUAAGUGUGGAGACUGCUGGAAAAGCUUCAGCCGGAGACAGCAUCUGCAGGUGCAUCGGAGAACUCACACUGGGGAGAAGCCCUAUACCUGCGAGUGCGGCAAGAGCUUCAGCAGAAAUGCCAACCUGGCAGUGCACCGGCGCGCCCACACUGGCGAGAAGCCGUAUGGGUGCCAGGUGUGUGGAAAACGGUUCAGCAAAGGGGAGCGGCUGGUCAGACACCAGAGGAUCCACACUGGGGAGAAGCCCUACCACUGCCCUGCCUGUGGGAGGAGCUUCAACCAGAGGUCCAUCCUCAAUCGGCACCAGAAAACUCAGCACCGCCAGGUGCCCACUGUGCAGUAAGGGCACCCUGGUGAGAUGCCCAUGUUGCUCAUUGAAUGUGCUGGAGAAGGUGGGAGGGUGAUGCCAGUGGAGGGGGAUCCACCUGUACUCACUGAGGGGAACAGAAAGGCAUGGGACCCAUUUUCUUUCCAUUCAUUCUCAAACAGGAAAAGGGCAGGGCCUGAUUUGAGAUUCCAGAGAGUACAGCUCCCUCGUCUCCUACCCAGAUGGUGCUUAUGCUUUCCCUUGCCAUCUUUUGAGGAAACGAUAUCCAGAGUUUCGGUUCAGGUUGAGGUUUUUCUCCUUCAAUGAGAUGUUCACAUCCACCUCCUGAGCAAGCUGGGGAGUAUGGGCAAAAUUCUAUCCUGUGUUGGCAGCUUAAACUCAUUUUUCUGAGGGUUGUAUCCACCUGGAAUAUCAUUAGCUCAGACUCCUGCCCGCUGACUCUCUUUUCCAUUUAACAAAUAUUUAUUGCACAACAAUGACAUGCCUGGUGCUGGGAAUACAGUGGAGAAUGAGGCACUUGAGACCCCAUCCUCGUGGAGCUUGUGAUUCAGCAGUACAAAUCUGCAGGAGCUCUUAAGAGCCAUGUUCCAUGUUCUGCCUCAGGUCAGUACUAUGCCAGAGGAUAGCCUUCCUGAGCUGGUUCUGCCACCAGCCUGGGUGCUGAGUCUUCCCCCUCCCCAUGUGGGGCUUCAGGCGGCCAUGUUUAUUUUACCUUAUUGUGGCCCUUUGCAUAACAUUGUACCCUCACCUGUAAAGUUUCCCCAUUCCAUUAUUCUUUGUACUGUUAACAACUGUCCGCACAUCUAUUAGGAAAUAAAUAUUUUGCUAUCGAUCACUGAAUAAACAGAGUAUUUUAAAAAACCUUUAGUUCUGUAUAAAGACCUAGUUAAAUGAGUCUGAAAGAUGGACUAGUUUUAAUAACCAAUAUUUGAUGGCACUUUACAGUAUAUAAAAUGCUUUCCUCUGUAUUCUCAUUUGAUUCACUCCAUACGUAUUUAUUGACACCCAGCAGAGUGUCAGGGUCUCCUUAGGUGCUUGCGAUACAUCAGUGAGUAAAAUAGAGGAACAUCCCUGACCUUGGGGAACUUAUAUUUUAGUCAAUGUAUUUGCUCUUCAGAACCACCCACAGUGGAACCUGUAGAUGCUCCCUGAGCCCUCUGGACCUGGGGUCUGAGCAUGUGUCUUUGGUCCUGGCAGCUGCUUGCCCUGAAAUGCAUUUGCCACCUGCCUCUUGUUGCUAAGUAGUCUCUGUCCUCAGCACAUCUAGAUCCUUGUCAUCUGAGAGGUGCUUGGGGUCCUAGACACCAAGUGGAGAUGACAAGGUGGUAGCAGUCUGUUAUGCAUGAAUGCCAAUUCAGGAAAAAUAAACAUGUUUGUAAGCAUUUAAAAAUACAUAUUUACAAAUGAGAAGAUGCCGUGUUUGCAACUGUGUUUAAGCUUUCUUGUAUUAUUUUCCCAUCAUUAAUGUACUCCCUUUCUGUUUAAAAUUCUGUAACUGUGUAAUGAGCAUGGACCAUGCCGCAGAGUUGUGAUGGUGCGCCUUUGCGUGCCGGCUGCUGAGUGUGUUAGCCUGUCUUGUUGACACUGUACUAUAAUCACAAGAUGUGAUUUGUCCUAUGGUGCUUCUUAAUCUAUUCUUUUUCUGAGAUUUCCCCCCCAUUUUCCAUUGUAAAUAUGAUAAAUGAUAAUGCCUUUAA